CGAGUACCUGUGGUGUAGUCAUGUCCACGUCGGUAGUGUCGGUAAUUUCGCGUUUCUUGGAAGAGUACUUGAGCUCCACGCCGCAGUGCCUGAAGUUGCUGGACGCCUAUCUCCUGUACAUACUUCUGACUGGGGAGCUGCAGUUCGGUUAUUGUCUCCUUGUGGGCACCUUCCCCUUCAACUCUUUCCUGUCGGGCUUCAUCUCUUGUGUGGGGAGCUUCAUCCUGGCGGUUUGCCUGAGAAUACAGAUCAACCCACAGAACAAAGCGGAUUUCCAAGGCAUCUCCCCGGAGCGAGCCUUUGCUGAUUUUCUCUUUGCCAGCACCAUCCUGCACCUUGUGGUCAUGAACUUUGUUGGCUGAAUCAUUCUCAUUCACUUACCUGAGGAGUAGGAGACGCGAAGAAUGUUCACUUUUGGACUUCCCUGGAUAAGAGUUAUUGAAGAAGGCAGCCUGUUGAACAUGUGGAUUCUCAGAAGAUUGGUGUUUACUCUCAACUCUGAUUUGGUAUGCAGAUGGAAAACCCCGAGAAGUUCGCUAA